AUGUCAAAAAUAGAAAAUAAACAAAAAGGGGAAAACCCUUACCUGGACUUACCUGGGCCACUUGCUGGCCUGGCUCUAUGCCGGCCCAGCCAGCUGGCCGCGCCAGUCGUCCCCCUCCUCGCGCCAGAUGGACAGGGCGCGUGGUCGCCGCACGCCGCGCGCAUGCGCGCCACGGCAGUUGCCUGCCUGCCCUCUCCUCUCUUCGACCUGGCCUCGCCAGAAGCGCCCAGCUCCCCCUGGCCUCACUCCCUCUCUCCUGUGCCUCUCCCCUCCCCUCUCUCGCUCUCUCCCGCGACGCCCGAACGCACCGGAAAGCGCCGCCGCACGCCGACGCGGCCACAGCCUCCCUCAUGCCUCGCCGUCGUGCCCACGCGCCCCGCCGCUAUGGGCUACGCCUCCUCGUCGAGACGCAUGGUGCCGGACGCGCUGCAUCGCCGCAAUCGUCGUCGUCUUCAACCUCAAGCACCUGAGAUCGCGUCGCCGCUCCGUCGACUCCAGAGCCUCCCCCGAGCCGCUGAGCACGCCCGACGAACCUCCGUGAGCUCUCCUCCGUUUCCGCUCCGUCCCCGCGGUCGAAUUCGCGUCGUAGCCGUGCUAGCCGACGUGCCCGCGAGCGCCUCGCCGCCGACCAUGUCACCGUCGUGGCCAGAGCCACCGCAGCUCGCCCCUGAGCACCUCACCGUGCUCCUGGUGCCACGAGGGUGCCGCAGAGCCCCUCGGGUGGCCUCCCCGUGCCCCGCAGCGCGCUCCCACUCGAAGCCGUACUCCGGCCGCCGCCCCGAGCUCCGCUCCGGCGAGCUCCGACCACCCCGCAGCCUCCCACCUGCUCCGCGUGUCCAGGCGCCGCUCGUAGCGCAAGUCCGGCGAGUUGCCGCCGCGGGUUUGGUCGACGCCGGCCAAAACUCCGGCGGGCUGACGUGGCAUUUCAAUUAG